AUGAAUUUCGCUUUGCUUUUGCUAAUAGCCAGCGCCAGCUGCAUUCUGGCCGCACCCGCUCCUCUGGCCGAAGAGCAGCAGCAGCAGCAGCAGCAAGAGGAGCUUGGCUCCGUCAAGGCUAAGCGUGGCCUGUCACUCGGGCUGGGCUACCACGCCCCAUUGGUGACAUCCGCGCAUUACGUCGCCGCACCGACUCUGGUGCACCAUGCACCAUUAAUUUCACAUGCACCGCUCAUCUCGCACAUUUCCCACGCACCGCUCAUUGCCCAUCACCCGGUGUCGUACCACCUGCCCAGCUACCACUCCAUACACUCCCUGCACUCCUAUCAUCACUUCUAAUGAGCCACGGAGAAGAGGGAAGCAAGCAAGGAGCCGCAAAGCCGAGAGAGAGAGACGUCAGUGAGGAGGCAGCAGAGACGGCACCAGCAGCAGAGACGGCACCAGCAGUUCACCAGUUUUACUUGGCAUUAGUUUUUGCACGAUUUCGUAGUCCCUUUCCGUCCCUUUCACCAUAAUUUUGUACAUAAU